GCACAGUUUAGUGUGAGGACUCAAGUGUCACCAAACUCGGUCUGCGCUGUUCAUCACCGGUUAAGCGGCACAAGGCAGGUGAAAUGGAUGAACCCACCGAGCAAAUGAGGCCCCUCUUGCGAUCGGGUCUAGAUGAGGAGGCCAUAGUUGACCAUGGGAAGACCAGCUCCACCACCCACACAAACUAUGAGAUGGAGGAAUUGGAAAGCCACAGGGCGGUGUACGUUGGUGUCCAUGUUCCCCUUGGAAGGGAGAGUAAGCGCAGGCACCGCCACCGAGGACACAAACACCACCGCAAGAAGAGAGAGAAAGACUCUGAGGAGGGGAAGGAGGAUGGCAGGGAGUCCCCUGCUAAUGACACACCAUCCCAGCGGGUCCAGUUCAUCCUGGGCACAGAGGACGAUGACCUGGAGCACGUCCCGCACGAUCUCUUCACUGAGCUGGACGAGCUCUCCUUCAGAGAUGGCAGUGCCACUGAGUGGAAGGAGACUGCCAGAUGGCUCAAGUUUGAGGAGGAUGUAGAAGAUGGUGGGGAGAGGUGGAGUAAGCCCUAUGUAGCCACACUGUCGCUGCACAGCUUGUUUGAACUGCGUAGCUGUAUACUCAACGGCACCGUCAUGCUGGACAUGAGGGCCAACAGUAUUGAGGAAAUCGCCGACAUGGUGAUAGACAACAUGGUGGCAUCAGGCCAGCUGAAGGAAGACCUGCGUGAGAAGGUGCGGGAAGCCAUGCUGAAGAGACACCACCACCAGAACGAGAGGAAGCUCAGCAACCGCAUCCCUCUGGUGCGCUCCAUCGCUGACAUAGGCAAGAAACAUUCUGACCCGCUCUUGCUUGACAGAAAUGGAGAGGGGCUGUCCUCUUCGCGUCUCUCUCUCCAGAAGCCAGGGGCAGCCUCCUCCUCCAACCUGUCCCAGAGGCGCGAGUCCCGGGUCUCCGUCCUCCUCAACCACCUCCUGCCCUCUUCCUCCUCCAACACUGGGCCCUCCCCAGGCCCUUCUCCCUUCACCACCCCCCAAAACACCCCCCCUUCCCUUCGACGUUCCUCCCAGACUGCUUCACACACCCCUGGCCCAGGCCCCGGCCCCCAGGGCAUCCCAGAAGUGGUGGUGUCGCCCCCCGAGGAUGACGACCCACCAGCUUCUGCAGAGGAAGAGGGGGCUGCGCCGCAUCUCAGCUGGCGAGCAUCCUCGGAAUCCCAGGACCUCCAGCUGCUGCCCUUAGAAGGACCACUGGUGUCUCCAAACUCUGUCCCCAACAACCUGGAUGGUAACAAGACAGCGGAGAGGAGGCCAUCCAAAGCAGGGGUCAGUAGAGAAAGCAGCAGUGUCGACUUCAGCAAGGUCGAUAUGAAUUUCAUGAAGAAGAUUCCUCCAGGUGCUGAGGCCUCCAACGUGCUGGUGGGGGAAGUGGACUUCCUGGAGAAGCCCAUAAUUGCCUUUGUGCGAUUGGCCCCUGCUGUCCUUAUCACUGGCCUCACUGAGGUGCCAGUACCCACAAGGUUCCUGUUCCUGCUGUUGGGUCCUCAUGGCAAAGGACCUCAGUACCAUGAGAUUGGCAGAUCCAUGGCCACACUCAUGACAGACGAGAUUUUCCAUGAUGUGGCAUAUAAGGCCAAAGAUCGAACGGAUCUACUCUCAGGAAUAGAUGAAUUCCUGGAUCAGGUGACUGUCCUGCCACCUGGAGAGUGGGACCCCACGAUCCGAAUUGAGCCCCCCAAGAAUGUCCCAUCUCAGAUGAAGAGGAAGAGGCCGUCCCAGCCCAACGGCACUGCGUCUCCAGCGGGGGAGCUGGAGAAGGAGGAGGACCAUCAUGGAGGGCCUGAGCUGCAGAGGACUGGCAGGAUAUUUGGUGGUCUGAUCCUGGAUAUCAAACGGAAGGCCCCGUUCUACUGGAGCGACAUCCGGGACUCCUUCAGUCUGCAAUGCCUGGCCUCCAUCCUCUUCCUGUACUGCGCCUGCAUGUCCCCUGUCAUCACCUUUGGAGGCCUGCUCGGCGAGGCCACAAAAGGCAACAUAAGUGCCAUAGAGUCUCUAUUUGGGGCGUCGCUGACAGGAGUGUCAUACUCCCUGUUCUCAGGGCAGCCCCUCACUAUUCUCGGCAGCACAGGGCCUGUUUUAGUCUUUGAGAAGAUCCUCUUCAAGUUCUGCAAUGACUACGGUCUGUCCUACCUGUCGCUGCGGACCAGCAUCGGCCUGUGGACGGCCUUUCUGUGCCUCGUCUUGGUGGCGACGGACGCCAGCUCCCUGGUCUGCUACAUCACCCGAUUCACAGAGGAGGCCUUCGCCGCCCUCAUCUGUAUCAUCUUCAUUUACGAGGCUCUGGAGAAGCUGUUUCACCUGGGAGAACACUACCCCGUCAACACGCACAACAACUUGGACAACCUCACCUUGUACUCGUGUCAAUGCUCUCCUCCAGUUAAUGCUACAGAUGAGCUCCUACAGAAGUGGAACCAGACAGGACACACACCAGACUCCAUACCCUGGAGCAGCCUCAAUGUGUCGAUGUGUAAACUGAUGCAUGGGGAGUUUGUGGGUUCAGCCUGUGGACACCACGGGCCCUACAUCCCAGAUGUCCUCUUCUGGUCCAUCAUCCUCUUCUUCACCACCUUCUUCCUCUCCUCCUUCCUAAAGCAGUUCAAAACAGAGAGAUACUUUCCCACCAAGGUGCGCUCCACCAUCAGCGACUUUGCUGUGUUUAUCACCAUCAUGAUCAUGGUGCUCGUGGACUAUCUGAUGGGCAUCCCAUCUCCUAAACUCAACGUCCCUGACCGCUUCGAGCCAACCUCAAAGAACCGCGGCUGGCUGAUCGACCCACUAGGAGAAAACCCCUGGUGGACACUGCUGGUGUCGGCACUUCCUGCCCUGCUCUGUACCAUCCUCAUCUUCAUGGACCAACAGAUCACUGCUGUCAUCAUCAACCGCAAGGAGCACAAACUCAAGAAAGGCUGUGGCUAUCACCUGGACCUGCUGAUAGUGGCAAUAAUGCUGGGUGUGUGUUCGAUCAUGGGCCUGCCCUGGUUCGUGGCUGCCACUGUCCUCUCCAUCUCCCACGUUAACAGUCUGAAGGUGGAGUCCGGCUGCUCCGCCCCAGGAGAACAGCCCAAGUUCCUGGGCAUCCGGGAGCAGCGAGUCACCGGGUUCAUGAUCUUUGUCCUCAUGGGUUGUUCUGUUUUUAUGACCUCGGUGCUCAAGUUCAUUCCCAUGCCAGUCCUGUAUGGAGUCUUCCUCUACAUGGGCGUCUCGUCACUAAAAGGCAUUCAAUUCUUUGACCGUAUCAAGCUAUUUGGCAUGCCCGCCAAGCACCAGCCUGAUCUGAUUUACCUGCGCUACGUGCCGCUGUGGAAGGUCCACGUCUUCACGCUGGUGCAGCUCACCUGUCUGGUGCUGCUGUGGGUCAUCAAGGCCUCUGCAGCAGCCGUCGUGUUCCCCAUGAUGGUUCUGGCGCUGGUCUUCGUCCGAAAGCUUCUCGACUUCUUCUUCACCAAGAGAGAGCUGAGCUGGCUGGACGACUUGAUGCCUGAGAGCAAGAAGAAGAAAGAGGAUGACAAGAAGAAAAAGACAGAGCGUGAGAAACGGGAGGCAGAGUCCAGGCUGCAGGAGGAGGAGGAGAUGGGGUUGAAGGUCUGCUACGACACCUCCAACCGACUCAACAUCCCAGUGAAAACACUCUCAGGGAGCUCUGAUUCUGAUCCCUUGGUUGUUAAUAUCUCUGAUGAAAUGGCCAAAAGCGGGGUGUGGAAAGCAGUGGUUUCAGGUGCAGACUCGUGUGCCCAACCCGUGAAGCGUAGUGAAAGCAGCCAGGAGAAGGUGGCCUGCGUUAGAGUCGACGUCAAUCCAGACACACCAGGAGGGAGCUCGACUGCCGAGACCUUCUUGUGAUGAAGGAGGCCUUCCCUCCCCAUACAUUGUCCCACACAACACUUCACCCCACUGGCGGGCACCAUCUUAGUGGGGAGAGGGGGCAUGGCGCUGGAGCCUGCCUGGAGCCUGGUGCCCCCCUCCUCAGGGCAGCAGACGAGCUCACAGGGGCUGCGAGUCCUCCUCCACUCGAGUCCCUCCUCUCCGGUGCACAUCCAACUGACUGCCAGGCAGCACGGUGCACAUCUCUGAAGAAUGAGCCAACUCUGCUGUUACUGCCCACCGAAGCUCACUGUUUUGGAACCUUUAAAAAAUACAUAAAUAAAUAACUGUCUGGUGAAUCGCUGUCACCUACCAUGACUGCAGAUGCCAAAGGAAGGGGCCUCACUGGUGCGGAUCUUGGAUUGUUGUUGUGAAUGCUUGAAUUGAAUUUUAAGUUCUAACCCAGUGUAUAUUUUAAUUUCAAUUUUACCAUUUCUUGUUUUGUUCAUCCAUCAUCAUUUUAGCAGAUCAUAGUACUGUACAUCUUGGGUUCAUUUUAGCUCACAUCGUGAGCUGUCCUGCACUGUCUCCAGUUUCUGUCUUGUUGUUUGUUUGUUUUGUUAGGUAUUGUUUUGAGGGUUGGAGGGUGAGUGGGGGCCAAGUGAGGGGUACAGAUUGUAUUUUUAAACUAAUGACACCAGCUUCUAAACCCAUUUAUUAAAGCCAUUCAGUUCCUGUCAGUGCCAAUUGAUUAUACUCCAUAGCUAUUCUGGUACAGUUACUGACAUGAACCAAAACAAAGGUACAUCCAGAUAAAUAUUACUCUUGCUACUACCAGAACUACUACUACUGCUCAUCAGUUGAAGGAUCAAAUUAUCAGUCAUCUCUCCUGAUGCCAGGGGACUACUCAGUAUUGAUAUUGCUGCUUAAACGUUGGUCAGUUGAUUUCUAGUUGAACGUUACCGUUCAGAUAUGCUGUUAUCAUUUUGUGUAUAUUCUUUUCAUUUGUAACCUUACUGAAAACCUAUUUCAGAGGCCAUACGACGUCAUUGUACUGUACAGUAAGCACUUUGGAUGCAUUUGCCUGUAGAUUAUAGUUUCUUACCUACAAUGGCCUGUAGUGUAUUAUGUUUGAAAAGGUGACUUCUCCUCCCACAGAGUCCAUCGAGCUGUUGUUCAAAUGUCUGUUGAAGAGCUCAGGAAUCGGGGAUGAUUUCUGACCGGUUACACUCAAUAUAUUAUUUUUUUUUUUCACAACUCAAGGCAGCACCAACUGUCCAGUGUGUUUCUUUCAUUGCUGGGAUCACAACUAUUUUGAUAACUAAAUAAUAGCAAAAUAUUGUGAGGUGCAAAAUAAAAAGAAAAUAUUCGUAACCCCAAUCAGCUGCACCUGUUUUUAUACUGUCUGUAUCUUUGUGUUUGUAACGUGGUGUAAAGAUAAAUUGAUAUGUUCGGCAGUACAGAUGUCAUUUUAUGCAAAAUAUUUCUACAGUAUUGGUAAAAAACCUAUUUAUGUAUUCCAUUGAGUUGUUUUCUCAUUUUGCUAAGUGCAGUCCUGUUUUAGCAAUAAGUAUUCAAUACCAUGCAAUGUAUGGAUUGAUAAACCUAGCCGAUGACCAGGUGAAGAGCAAGUUAUCCAUUUUGUGUCUGUUUCAUUGGCUCUGUUGAUGUGUAGCUACAGUGACUAUAUGGACAAAUAGCUUACGUGCCUUGUCAAAGCUCUUUGUGUGCAAGUCUUGUGUUGAUAAUUUAAAUGUUCAAAAACAAAAUGUACAGGUACACACGUGGCACCAGAAACGCCAAAGACAGACCAUCACUUUACAAGAGUUAAUCUGUAGACAGUUUGUCUGUUGUUGUGUUGAGUUUAUGUGAAAGUCGUAGCCUGAGCCACACCGACAUCUGAAAUGAUGUGAGUCAAACACCAACUUCUCUUCCAUUUAUAAAUGUACUUCAAAAUGAUUUGUGUGUGUGUUUUACUGUCACAGCUGUAGUUUUUGCUCACAAGCUGAAAGCUCUGUAAUCCGUAUUGAGGUACUCAUUUUUUUUGACAGGUCGGUGAAUGUUAAACUAUUGUACCUUCAAUAUCAAUAAUCAAAUCUUGGACAUUUUGCAGAACUUUUUUUUCGUUCCUAAAAGCAAAAUGUGAUCUUUAUUUUGAAUUCAAUCUUUGUAUAUUUGACAAUAUUUGUCAUUUCACAGGUUGUUUUUCCCUAUAGGCCUAUAUAUUGUGCGUUUUCAUCCGUGCACCUCUGUAAUCCAUGUUGAACAUCAGUGAUGUAGUGGUAGACUACACGGUGGGUUAACCAUUAUGGUCAGUGAUUCCUAUCAAGUGAACCACCACCUACCAAAAAUGAUGUACUUGUAAUUUCAGAAUAGUAUUAAUGUUUUAUUUUGGUAUAAAAACCCUAUUUUCAUGUGACAUAAGUCUGAUACUUACUACAAAAAUGUACACUCUGAAUGAAGAUCAUAUAUUAGCUUAUAUAGGUGGAUAAAUCAUACCAACAAAACAGUGGAGUUUCCCUCCACCACACAUCUCUCUGACAUACCUUAGAGACACGUGACAUCAGUGAAGCUCUUAGCAUCCUGCUGUUAGCCUGAAUGAUGACUUUUUUUGUAAUGGCCGAUUGGUGCAAAGCAAUAAAAGUAUACAAAUGGUGAA